UUCAGUAGGGAAUACAAUAUACGCGAGUGCCUUUAAAUAUCUGUACGGAUUAUUUAUAGUAGAUGAAACUCAAGUAGAACUAGGUUAAGCCCACACAUCCCUUUGAAAGGGCUGCUAUAUAAACGCCCAAGUGGUAUACACGUUUUCAAAAGUAAGCAGGAUAGUAUCGGUGAGGACAGUGAAGAAAAAGGUCUUAACAAUGGCUUCACAGAAGACUGUACUUUUGCUCAUCGUUCUAGUCGGCGUCGCUUUUGCGGCACGCCAAGGGUCUAAUUUGAGACCUAAAGGUAGAGGUAAUCUGAACCAAAACCAACUAGUCGGUGGAUGGACCUCGGCUGACCAAAAUGAUGGAACCGUUCAACAACUAGCACAAUUCGCAGCUCGACAGAUUUGCUCCAAUUACGUCGUAGAUGCUGUUGAAAAAGCUGAAACGCAGGUUGUUGCUGGUAAAAACUACCGCAUGGAUAUCCGAGUUUCCAAGGCAUGGAAAUGCACAGUAGAAGUGUUUACGCAGACCUGGACAAAAACACAUAAGUUGACGUCCUUUGCCUGCCAAUCCGUGCUGUAACUGAAUGACGUCGGAAUUUUUUCCUUAUAUUUCGUAUGAGUAUAUAUCAAGUAUACGCCUUUCUCUUUAAUAGCUUUGCUUUAAACGACGUUAUUUGUUAUAGAAAUGUUCAAUGUCCUAUUGUUUAUAUAUUUUUAUUUAUUUAACUCGUAGGUUUGUCGCUUGUUUAUAUCCAUAAAAAAGUAAUGUUGAUGUUACAUUUAUUUUUGCACUGGUAUGUUUAAUUUAGUAUAUGAUGUCUUAGAUGUUUUUUAUUAUUCACUGGAGUGUCCUUUUACAUUAAUAAUUUGUUAUUACAAUAACAUGUAAAGGUCUUAGUCCUCAAUAAUUAAAGUGUUUUGUCUGAAAAUGUUCAUUUAGAAUUUCGAUCUGAUUAAUUGUUUCAUAUAGAUCAGCCUGCGUCCUUAUGUUUACGUUGUUUUGUAAGAUACAAUCAUGUUUAGUGCCAUCAAUUAAAAAAUAAAUCAUCGUACAUUUUAUGAAAGAAUAAAUUAUUAUAUGUUUAUGUUUGCCAAUAAACACCUUAUAUUCCUUUCUUUUUCUUUAAUUCAAUAUUUUCGGCAUCUGCAUCUG